UUGGUGUGUGCAGAUGACCUGGAGGAAGAUGAGGAAGAAUCUGACACGGAACUAGAGCGACAAAAUAUUGAAGAGCUUUAUGACUUUGUAAGGCACACCCAUCAGCAGGAUAUCCAGUCACUGAGACAGGAUGUGCAGCAUCCUGCAUUAAUUCCCAUUCUGAGGCCAUACCAAAGUGAGGCUGUGAACUGGAUGCUUCACCGAGAGAAACACGCAAGUCCUCCAAGCAGUGAAAAUGCACUGCACUUCUUAUGGCGGGAGGUGACCACUCUGGAUGGAGUAAAAAUCUACUAUAAUCCAUUUACUGGCUGUAUUAUCCGUGAAUAUCCAACUGCUGGACCCCAGUGGCCUGGAGGUAUUUUGGCAGAUGAGAUGGGUCUUGGAAAAACAGUAGAAGUGUUGGCUCUUAUUCUGAAUCAUACUGGACCAGACAUUAAGCAAGAUGAUCUGACACUACCUGAGGGUAAGCUUGUGAACUUCUUUGUUCCACCUCAACCUGUAGAAGAAAAUAAAAAGAAAAUAGCUAAGGAAAUGCAGCCUAAAUUGAAGGAAAAAAUACAAUAUCCCAGCUUACGAGUGAUGAUAUUAGCAGCUGUAAAGGAAAUGAAUGUGGAGAAAGCAGCAUCCAUUAUUGCAAUAUUUAAGUACAUCAGAGCUAUAUAUAGGUAUGACACACAGAGGAAUAAACGGCUUCUCAAAAGAACUCUGGAAAAACUAAUUGCAGAACAGGUAAUAGAACAAGUCAAAGGACAUGGUCUGGCUGGGUCUUUCAAGCUGGGAAAGAAUUACAAGGAACAGAAGAAGAGAGAAAGAAGCAAAGAGCAGGUAGCAAGGACUUCAGAAAACAUUCAGAAGCAGCAGUUGGUUGAUGCUAAAGCUCAAACCAAAGAAUCAAGAAAUAGUGAUGUCACAUCUGAAAAUGUCAUUAAAACUGAUUCACGGGUGGAUGUGACCAUGGAAGACCAUGAUUAUUGUGCAACGAGCAAAAAUGACAAAUCUGAAGCAGAUCAUGAGAACUCUGUUGCAGCAGGAAACUAUGGUCCCAGAGUCUCCGAUUUGGAUAGCAGCCUCCUUGUCUCCAGUGACGUGAGCAGUCAUCCUGAUUCUGAAGUUUCUAAAACUACAGAUGAUGUCCAGCAGGAAAUUCCAGAGGUCCAGUCUUCACAUUCCCAAGAGCAUGCUGGCAGUAGUGUACAACAUACCAGUUCUGUAUUUCCAUUUAAUACCUGUGAAUAUCGUUUUGAAUGCAUCUGUGGUGAGCUCGGGUUGGCUGACUACAAAGCUCGGGUGCAGUGCCUGAAAUGUUACUUAUGGCAGCAUGCAGAAUGUGUAAACUACAAAGAGGAAAAUCUGAAAAGCAGGCCCUUCUACUGUCCCCAUUGCCUUGUGGCAAUGAAACCAGUUCCCACAGGAGCAACUCUGAUAAUUUCUCCAAGUUCCAUUUGUCAUCAGUGGGUAGAUGAGAUCAACAGGCAUGUAAGAUCAUCUUCGCUACGAGUUCUGGUGUAUCAAGGUGUGAAGAAACAUGGCUUUCUGCAGCCACACAUGUUGGCAGAGCAGGAGGUUGUCAUCACCACGUACGAUGUCCUUCGCACUGAACUGAACUACGUGGGUAUACCCCACAGCAACAGCGAAGAUGGGCGCCGCUUCAGGAACCAGAAGCGCUACAUGGCCAUCCCAAGCCCCUUAGUAGCAGUGGAGUGGUGGAGGAUCUGUCUCGAUGAAGCACAAAUGGUUGAAUGCACUACUGCAAAGGCUGCUGAAAUGGCACUCCGUUUAAGUGGCAUCAAUCGCUGGUGUGUCAGUGGCACUCCUGUGCAGCGAGGAUUAGAAGAUCUGUAUGGUUUAGUCCUCUUUCUUGGAGUUGAUCCUUACUGGGUCAAACAUUGGUGGGACCAACUGUUGUAUCGACCUUAUUGUAGGAAAAAUCCUCAGCCUCUCUACAGUCUAAUUGCGAAGAUAAUGUGGAGAUCAGCAAAGAAGGAUGUGAUUGACCAAAUUCAAAUCCCUCCUCAGACAGAAAAUAUCCACUGGCUCCACUUCUCUCCUGUGGAGAGGCACUUUUAUCAUCGCCAGCACGAUGUGUGCUGCCAGGAUGCAUUGGCCAAACUCAGGAAGAUUUCAGACUGGACUCUGAAGCUUAGCAGCCUAGAUAGAAGGACUGUGACUUCUAUUCUGUACCCUUUACUGCGGCUGAGGCAGGCCUGCUGUCAUCCACAAGCUGUUCGGGGGGAGUUCUUGCCAUUACAGAAAAGCACCAUGACCAUGGAGGAACUGUUAACAUCUCUGCAGAAGAAAUGCCGAACAGAGUGUGAAGAAGCUCACCGACAGUUGGUGUGUGCUCUUAAUGGCUUAGCUGGUGUCCACAUCAUUAAAGGAGAAUAUGUGUUGGCUGCGGAGCUGUACAGAGAAGUAUUAAGAUCAUCUGAAGAGCACAAAGAAAAGCUCAAAACAGAUUCCUUGCAAAGACUUCAUUCUACACACAAUUUGAUGGAAUUGUUGGCAAAGCACCCAGAAAUUCCCCCAACUUUGCGUGAUAGCCGACUCGCAGAAGAGGCAGAACAACUUCGACAACAUUAUAUGAGUAAAUCCAAUGCAGAAGUUGCAGAAGCCCAUCAGGCCUUACAGCCAGUUCUUCAAACCAUUCGGGAGCUCCAGAGAAAGAUACAUUCAGGCUCUCCUUGGUGGUUGGAUGUCAUCCAGACAGCAAUACAGUAUGCCGUCGAUGAGGAGCUUGUACAACGUGUGCAAAACGAAAUAACCUGCAACUGCAAACAGGAGAUUAACCAACUCUCCAUGGCAGAGAAAUUCCGUGACUGCAGAGGCCUUCAAUACCUGCUCACAACUCAGCUGGAUGAAGUGAAGAAGUUCCAGAAGAUUGUGAGAGAAGCAGUGAAAAACUUAGAAGGGCCUCCCUCUAAGCAGGUUAUUGAGGCUGCCACUAUCUGCCAUUUGCGACCUGUUAGGCUUCCGCUUAACAACUGUGUCUUUUGUAAGGCUGAUGAAUUGUUCACAGAAUAUGAGUCAAAGCUCUUUAUGCAUAGCGUUAAAGGCCAAAUGGCAAUAUUUGAGGAGAUGAUAGAAGACCAAGAAGGGCUUGUUGAUGACCGUGUGCCCACCACAAGCAGAGGACUAUGGGCAACCAGUGAGACUGAACGUGCCUUGAAAGCUAUUCUCUCCUUUGCCAAAGCUCACCGAAUGGAUGCUAAGCUAACGGAAGAGGGGAGCGUGUUUCUGGAGCUCUUUGAAGCGUGGAAAAAGGAAUAUAAGUUACUUCAUGAAUAUUGGAUGGUGCUUAGGGAUCACGUGUCUGCUAUUGAUGAACUGGCAAUGGCUACAGAACGGCUGAGAGUGCGUCAUCCUGAUGAGCCAAAACCAAACCCACCAGUUCUCCACAUCAUAGAGCCGCAUGAGGUAGAGCAAAAUCGAGUGAAACUUCUGAAUGACAAGGCAGUUGCUAAAUCACAGCUUCAAAAGAAAUUAGGACAACUUCUAUAUCUCACUAAUCUGGAGAAAUCUCAGGAUAAAACUACUGGGGAAGUUAACCCAGAGCCAUGUCCAAUCUGUGCACGUCAGCUGGGAAGACAGUGGGCAGUGCUGACAUGUGGACAUUGUUUUUGUAAUGAGUGUGUAGCUAUCAUCAUCCAACAGUACAGCGUGGGCAGCCGCCGGAGCUCCAUUAAAUGUGCCAUUUGCCGGCAAACAACAUCCCAUAAAGAGAUAUCAUAUGUCUUCACUGCUGAAGCUGCAAAUCAAGAGGAUGAUAUUCCUGUAAAGGGAAGUCACUCUACCAAAGUGGAAGCUGUGGUCCGAACACUGAAGAGAAUUCAAUUUAAAGAUCCAGGGGCCAAAUCCUUAGUUUUCUCAACGUGGCAAGAUGUGUUGGACAUAAUUUCAAAAGCUUUGUAUGACAACAACAUGAUUUUUUCUCAGAUCAAUGGAAUUAGUAAAUUUCAGGAAAAUCUUUCUGCAUUUAAAUACGAUCCCAACAUCAAUAUUUUGCUGCUGCCUCUUCACACUGGUUCCAAUGGACUAAACAUCAUCGAGGCAACUCAUGUUCUGCUUGUGGAACCCAUUCUGAACCCAGCACAUGAGCUCCAGGCUAUCGGCAGGGUACAUCGUAUUGGCCAAACAAAAUCUACCAUUGUUCAUAGAUUCCUGAUAAAAGCAACAAUAGAAGAGAGAAUGCAGACUAUGCUGAAAACUGUAGAUAGAAGCCACACGAGCUCUUCCAUGAAACAGUCAGAAGCCUCAGUGUUGACAGUGGCAGAUUUGGCUGACCUUUUUACAGAUGAAACUGAAGAACUUGAGUAAAAACCUUGGUUUGGCCUAAGGAAAUCAGAGGGUACCUGACCCAAUAAGCACCAGGAUAUAAUCCACUUGAUCUUUCAUUCCUGUAAACAUCAUCUAACAUUUGUCCAUAACAGAGC